UCAAGUCCACUAUUUCAAUUUGUCACCUUGUAAUUUCGUUCAUAAAAUGCGCUCCAGCUACUUCACUUCACAACUGUGAGAAUACACACAAAAGAAAAAACUAGGGAAAAAAAAAAGAAGAAUUUGAUAAUUCUUAGAAAUUUCAAUGACUGAGAAGAGCAAGAUUUUGAUAAUUGGAAGCACUGGCUACAUUGGAAAGUUUAUUGUUGAAGCGAGCACGAAGCUCGGGCAUCCGACGUUUGCUCUGGUUAGAGAGACCGCAGUCAACGACCCUGCUAAGGUUAAUCUCAUUGAGAAGUUCAAGAACUUGGGUGUCACUUUGCUCUAUGGAGAUCUUUAUAACCAUGAGAGUUUGGUGAAGGCGAUCAAACAGGUGGACGUUGUGAUAUCGACGGUGGGUCUUUUGCAAACUGCAGACCAAACCAAGAUCAUUGCAGCCAUCAAAGAAGCUGGCAAUAUCAAGAGAUUUUUCCCGUCGGAGUUUGGAAACGAUGUGGACCGAGUGAAAGCAGUUGAGCCAGCCAAGUCUUCGUUUGACGCCAAGGUCCAAAUCCGGCGUGCUAUUGAGGCUGAGGGCAUCCCCCACACUUAUGUCUCCAGCAACUGCUUUGCUGGCUCCUUUCUGCAGUCAUUGGCACAGCCAGGUGCCACUUCUCCACCCAGAGACAAAGUCACCAUCUUAGGGGAUGGAAAUCCAAAGGCUGUCUUUAACAAGGAAGAUGACAUAGGAACCUAUAUAAUCAGGGCCGUUGAUGAUCCAAGAACAUUGAACAAGGUCCUCUUCCUGAAGCCUCCCCAGAACAUCUACUCAUUCAAUGAGUUUGUUGCUCUGUGGGAGAAGAAGAUUGGCAAAGUCCUUGAAAAAGUCUAUGUCCCAGAGGACAAACUUCUCAAGGAUAUUGAAGCGGCCCCAAUUCCAAUCAAUAUGAUAUUAGCAAUCAGCCACUCAGUGUUUGUGAACGGAGAUCAGACCAAGUUCGAAAUCGAGCCGUCAUUUGGAGUCGAGGCUUAUGAGCUCUAUCCUGAUGUGAAGUACACAACUGUGGACGAGUACCUCGAUCAAUUUGUUUGAAGAAAUUAAGAUCACAGGACUUUCGCUAAGAUGUUUGCUAAAUAUCUCGUAAAAAAAUAAGUUUAAAUGCUGUUAAUGUUGUUUGAGCGAAUAAGUGUUUGUGAUGAGAACAAAAUUCACAGAGUCUUAAUGUAAUUUCUAUGUUUUUCCUGCA